AUGUUUGAAGCCAAAUUUGAAGAAGAUGUUAUCGUGAAGUUUUCAAACUUCAACUACAGCGUUGAGGUCCAUGCCUACCUUUCGCAAUUAAAACUGGCGCCAAAGAUUAAAUUUUGGCGUAAGCUGCCCGGCAAGUGGUUUGUCGUUGUCAUGGAAAAAGUGAACGGCUCGAAGAUUUCAACGUCGGCAAGCCCAGAAGCGAAAAAGGCUUUAAAAGAUGCGGUAGAACGAAUGCACGAUGCUGGCUAUGUACAUGGGAAUCUGCGCUCCAAAAACAUCCUAGUGGACGGCGAUGAAAUUUGCAUCUUGGGCUUCGAUUGGGCCGGAGUGGAGGGGGAGGCGAGAUAUCCGGUCGAACUAGAUUCCGACGGGUUACAUGAAAAUGCACAAUGUGGGAGGCCCAUUUUGAAAGAACAUGAUUGUUACCAGGUUACAAAACAUUGUGAAACAGCAGCAGAUGAAUAA